GCCUGUGCUGUUUAUUUACUUUCCCAGUCUUCUUCGCCUCUGCUCAUGGUCAGUGGAAUGUCGCUCUAUUACCGUUUUGGAAAUCAAAAUGGACGGUUGCACAAACUCAACGCGUUUCAUGAACAUUUGUUUCUUACGCUCAGUUCCUUGUUCCUGAACCUGAACCUGAACCGCUUCCCACUUUUUUUUUUGUCAUCCUUCUUUUUCUCCCGCUACCUCUUUUCUUUCUUUCCUUUCUUUCUUCUCUCUCGUAAACACUCUUAUCUUCAUCCCCAUCCUCAUCCCCAUCCUCAAUUGUGUUUUCAUACCCACUUCUCCCUACCAUUCCCAAGUCAACCUGACAUUCUUUACUUAUCGUGCACACCCAUCUACACUCUUCAUCUUCCUCUUCAGCAAUCUCCACUCCUCCAACACAGCACCACUUCGACGUCCUCCCGCCUCUUUCUUUCUUCCUUCUCGCUCGUUUACGACCCCCUCUUUCUUCCUCACUUGCAUGCAACGCCCUAAUUCCUCUGCCAUCUUCUUCCUCCGCCUAUUCACACCAUCCCUAUCCUCGAGAUAAUCCCACCCUCCUCCACUCCUUAUCACUAUAUCACCGCAUCAGCAAUAACAACAUCCAACA